AUGGUUGGACUGAUGCGAGAUGAUGCAGCACGAGACGCCAUGAGAAGCUUUGGGUUUGAUGAGCGUGUCAUCAAUGAAACCAUCAAGGAAUUACUAGAGCUGUAUGGUGGUGUGGAUGCAUGGAGACUGAUCGAAGAUGGUGGCUACGAUGUGCUUCUUACUAGGUGCCUCGAAAAGCAAGAGGAGCAAGCAAGACAAGUUGCUGAAGAACAAGUGGCUGAGGAACAAGAAGAAGAACACGAGCAGCAUGAUCUUGUACUACAAGAGCAAGACCAGCAUGUUGAGACUGAUGAUUUGUCAACCACGAGGGAGGCAGUCGUGGACACAUCACCAGCAGCUUUACCAUCUGGAGAAGCAUUACCUGUUUAUGCACACAAUCCUGUUGAAGCUAUUGGUUAA